UAAGUGGAAUUAAUCUGUAUGAUCUACAUAUAAAUAAGUAUGAAUACAUAAAUCUAUCUUUAGGAGAGUGAAUCUCUUGUCAUCAGCCUGAGAAAAGUGACUGAUGCUCCAAUUCCUUUUCAAUCAAUAUUGCACAAUCAAUGACCCGUGAGUUUAAUGUUGUAGUAGCCCAAGCCCAACAACAGUCUAAACUCCACCCAUCCAUCGUCACUGCACUGCCUGGGCUAUUUCACAGCUUAAAUACUGUGCUGAAGAAACAACAGCUUCAUGAAGCUGCAUUUCUUUUGUAGUUGUACAAGUUUUCAAUAAGAGAAUUUAUUGAUGGGGAAAUUAUGCUGAAGACACAAACCUAAAGGCAAUGGAAGUGAGAGUUUCAGAGGCGCUUGGUAUCUCCUCAGGAUCAUGUCACCAGGACAACUGUAUGUUUGCGCCCCUGCUGGAGAGUCAGGCCUCCAACUCUUCUGGAGGCGACAGGCAUGUUCUUCACAACCACACCAUCAGCCAUUCAGUGUCCUGGAGCUCCUCACUUGCCAGCAGUGUCAACUCUGGAGGCACAACAACAGAGACCAACAAACACUCAGGCAUGCACACGAGCAUCAGCGAGAUCCCGAAGGAGAAGAGCCUGAAGCCGUCUCGCCGCAGCCUUCCAUGCCUCGCCCAGAGUCAGACUCACCCAAUCAACCUCAACCACUUCCUUUCUGUGCCUCUGAGCCCGGAGCCCAAACCAGAUGUGGAAGUUCUGACUCAGGGCAUCAGCACUUCCUGCAGCCUUCUCCCCCCACAGACAGCAGACGAUGGCAGGGAUCUCUAUAUGGAGGAAUCAGAGGUGACAACGUGUGAAACAAGGACAGACGAACCAUUUCUGCUACAAAAGCCUGUCACGCGUGCUAAACUAGAGGCCCGCACGGAUUCAUUUCAGCGAAAGAAUCCUGCUCAUUCCUCGGGGCUCUUUUUCCGAGAUGGAAAAAAACGAAUUGACUACAUCCUGGUCUACAAGAAGUCCAGUCCACAGGUGGAGAAGAGGUGCACGUUUGAGAAGAACCUGCGUGCCGAGGGCCUGAUGCUGGAGAAAGAGCCGUCUUUGACAAACAACGACAUCAUGUUCGUGAAAGUCCAUGCUCCGUGGGACACACUUUGCAAAUAUGCAGAGCAGAUGAACAUUCGAAUGCCUUUCAGAAAAAAAUGUUACUUCACGGACUGGAAGAGUAAAACCCUUCGCAGCAGGUUUCAUCGGAGAUGUCAUCAAAUAAAAAGUUGGCUUCCCAGAAAUCCCAUGAAGCUGGACAAAGAGGCCUUGCCUGACCUGGAGGAGACUGACUGCUACACAGCCCCCUUCAGCAGAGCACGCAUGCAUCACUUCACUAUCAACAACAGAGGGACCUUCUUCUCCAAUUCCACCAGAAGCAGAAUAGUGCAUCACGUCCUGCAGCGCACCAAGUAUGAGGACGGGAAAUCAAAGAUGGGUAUUAACCGGUUACUGGGCAACAACACAUAUGAGGCUGCGUUUCCUCCACACGAGGGUGGUUACAAGAGCAGACAUCCUAUUAAGACGCAUGGUCCCCAGAACCACAGGCAUCUUCUGUAUGAGCGCUGGGCUCGCUGGGGAAUGUGGUACAAAUAUCAACCUCUUGACCUCAUCAGGCGUUACUUUGGUGAAAAGAUUGGCCUUUACUUUGCAUGGUUGGGUUGGUACACGGGCAUGUUGAUCCCUGCUGCCCUGGUUGGUGUCUUCGUCUUCCUGUAUGGUCUGUUCACUAUGGACUCCAGUCAAGUCAGUAAAGAGAUAUGUGAAGCCAACACUACCAUCAUGUGUCCUAUGUGUGAGGAAACCUGUGAGCCGUGGACGCUGAGUGACAGCUGUGUCUAUGCAAAGGUGACCCAUCUGUUUGACAAUGGUGGCACUGUGUUCUUUGCUAUCUUCAUGGCUAUUUGGGCCACGGUAUUCCUGGAAUUCUGGAAAAGGAGGAGAGCGGAGCUGACGUAUGACUGGGAUCUCAUUGAUUGGGAAGAGGAAGAGGAGGAGCUGAGGCCUCAGUUUGAAGCCAAAUACUCCAGGGUGGAGAGAGUCAACCCCAUCUCUGGCAAACCCGAGCCAUUCCAGCCUUUCUCAGACAAACUCAGCCGGCUCAUGGUGUCGGUGUCCGGAAUAUUUUUCAUGAUUUCCCUCGUUCUGACAGCUGUGUUUGCCGUGGUGGUUUUCCGUCUCAUUGUGAUGGAGAAGUUUGCUUCCUUCAACUGGAAGUUUGUGAAGAAGAACUGGCAGUUUGCCACCUCCGGCACUGGCGUCUGCAUCAACUUCAUGAUCAUCAUGUCUCUCAACGUGGUGUAUGAAAAGGUGGCCUAUCUGCUGACUAAUUUAGAGCAUCCAAGAACAGAGUCUGAGUGGGAGAACAGCUUUGCUCUGAAGAUGUUCCUCUUCCAGUUUGUGAACUUAAACAGCUCUACAUUUUACAUUGCUUUCUUUCUCGGGAGGUUUGCUGGCAGGCCUGGGAAAUACAAUAAACUCUUUAAUCGAUGGAGACUGGAGGAGUGUCACCCGAGCGGCUGUUUGAUUGAUCUGUGCCUGCAAAUGGGAGUCAUCAUGUUCUUCAAACAAAUCUGGAACAACUUUAUGGAGCUUGGUUACCCUUUGCUGCAGAACUGGUGGUCCCGCAGGAAGAUAAAAAAAGGAGGUGGAGGAGGAGGAGGAGGGCAGAAUGUAGAGAAUAAAAACCAGCUUCCACAGUGGGACAAAGACUGGAAUCUGCAGCCAAUGAAUGCCCAUGGGCUGGUGGAUGAGUACCUUGAAAUGGUUCUCCAGUUUGGCUUCACCACCAUCUUUGUAGCAGCUUUCCCGCUGGCUCCUCUCCUCGCUCUGCUCAACAACAUCAUUGAGAUUCGUCUUGAUGCCUACAAGUUUGUCACUCAGUGGAGGAGACCCAUGCCCGCCAGAGCCACUGACAUAGGAAUCUGGCAUGGGAUUCUCGAAGGUAUCGGCGUGCUGGCAGUCAUCACCAAUGCCUUCGUCAUUGCAAUCACCUCUGACUACAUCCCCCGCUUUGUUUACGCCUUCAAAUAUGGCCCAUGUGUAGACAAGGGCCAUCACCACGAAGAUGAGUGUUUGCAAGGCUACGUGAACAGCAGCUUGGCCGUGUUUGACAUGGGCGAGAUUAUGAACAGCAGCCAGUCCAGAUACUGCAGGUACAGAGACUACAGAGCGCCACCCUGGAACUCUGUGCCGUAUGAGUUCACCCUGCAGUUCUGGCACGUCUUGGCUGCCAGGCUAGCCUUCAUCAUCGUCUUUGAGCACCUGGUGUUUGGGAUCAAGUCCUUCAUAGCCUACCUCAUUCCGGACAUGCCGAGGGAUCUCUGCGAUCGCAUGAGGAGGGAAAAGUACCUGAUGCAAGAGAUGAUGUAUGAAGCAGAACUCGAGCACCUGCAAAAAGAGAGGAGAAAGAAUGGACGACGUUAUCACCAUGAGUGGCCUUAGCUUUGUUUCCCCAUGUCUCCACUUCACACGUCACAGCACACAGACACAACCUUCACUGCCUGCUUAUUUAUAUGUAUGUAUUUUAGCAUCAGACUUCACUGAUUCUGAACACCAAAGACAACCCCCUUUCAGUGACCAGAUCCUCCCCUGAGCCUGUUUGGCUUCAGCUCAAGUCCCGGCCCUGACCACUUCCUCACCAUCUGUUCCACAUCUAGUGUUGACGCUUAUCUUCGUUCCUGGCUCUGACCCUCUCUGCCUCGCCCCGAUGCCUCACAUGGCUGCAUCCAGCAGGUUGCCCUCGAGACUGUGGCUUUAAUGGGGGAACCUCCACAAUUGCGAUGUUUACUAUGCAGAUCAAGAGCUGCAGAUCACCAUUGUUCACUUUUUGGCAUCCACCCUGCACUCUUCUGUGUGGCAGCUACCACUUCAUUUUGACUCUGCAGCCUGGUGCAGCCUCUACAGCAUGGCCGUGUAUUUCUAACCAUGAUUGGCAGCUGAGCCAGUGAUGUGAUAGCGCUACUGUGGAACUUACUGUAUUGUUGCAAAAGUGAUUCUGGUGUUGUGGCUACCAAAUUAAUAUGGACUGCUCUUGCAAAGGGACUGUAUAUUGCCCUUGAAGCAUGCUGAUAAAAAAAAAAAAUUGCUACCAUUUCAUUUCAGACAAAAUGAACAUAAAAACAACGGGAGUCAUUGUUAAGGAUUUUAAAAUCCUCUUCAAAGUUUAUUUGACAUGAAGUUCUCCGUGAAAUGAUGCAUGACAAUAUUGUUUUGUACCUCGUAAUAGAUGAAGUCCUUGUCUUGAUGCCUGGUUCAUGUGUGUCUGUGCUCAGUUUGUGCCGUGUGCUCAUUUCUGUCCAUGCAACUGCUGAGCUUGGCUGUCCAGAGUUUGGGAAAUGUGAACUUUGAAUUUGAUUGUGCCUACAGUUGUGUGCAUCACAACUGUGUCACCAAAAUCACGUGUGCCUGUUUGUGUUGCACACGCUUUUCUAGUGCAAGACUUUUACUUUUUUUUUCCUCGUUCUGUCGUCCAAGCUGCUGUACAAACUCUGAACGCUGCUGUCAGGAUUUGUUUUGGAUGUGAGUCACACCACUGUACCUACUCGGCUCUCAGCUAAUGGCUCUGUAAUGCACAGAGAGUGUACAUUGUAAUGCGACUCCCGGCGUGGACAACAUAUACAAUUGCAUGCAGGAGCUGCAAAUCUGUUCUUCCACUCUGUGCUUGCGGCAUGUUUUUCAUUUGCUGUUGGAAACCCUGGUUGAAACUUGGACUACUCUGACAUACCUGUGGCUUGAUGUUCAGUUUGAAAAAAAAAAAAAAAAGCAUCUGCCCAGUGUUCUUCACUCAGAAUCAUUCUUCACUUUUAGUAUAUCACUUAGCAUUUGUGGUUUCAGCUGAUUCUCUCAAAGUCAGACAUAAGAUUUUUUUUCUUCAAUGCAGAUUCAUGACAUUGCCUUUUAUUGUGAGUUCUGAUGGAUUACAGCAGCAUGUUUUUCGCCCCAAUGAGAACUCAGGAAAACAGGCAGCGCGAGCAACACAUCCGUCUGAAUCAUGAUCACUCCCCGCUUCAUUCAUGUUGGGAUGGAACGUUUUGAUGCAGCUAGAGAAUUGAUGUGAGAAUUAAUGAGCGAGUGGAACUGAGAAGGUGUAAACUAACUCACUCAGCACUAAUGGUCACUUUGAUCUUGUACUGAUAAAAUAUGACAAUGGUGGAGACUGAGAGUUAAGCGUAUUAUGCAGAGAAGUGAGUCUCACCCAUGUAACAUGUGAAGGUGAAGGAUAUCACUACCCUGAACGCAUUGCACAACACUGAGAAACUUAUUCCUCAUUUUAACUGUCCUUUGUAUAUACAUUUUAUGACGUAUGUAGUGUUUUUUAUACUGUUUAUCGCAUACGUCGUGUAUGAGUUCACCUGUUUUCACCCUCUUAUCGACAAAAUGUCCACAUUUCUCAGGUGUCCUUUGAAUGUUUGCAGAUGAUCAAAGUUUUAUCAUGUUUUCUAUAAUGCAAUCAAAGAAAGCCUGCUCUUUUUAGACAUAUAUUUUUGCACUGCAUGACUAUGAUGCACAUUCACCAUCAUCUUUCUGCAUAAUCCCAGUAUAUUAGAGCAGAUCAGUAAUCAUGGAAUACAGUUAUAGACUUGAAUUGUGGGGAAUUCAGAUGCAGAAUGUUGAUGCUUUUCCAGUCAUAAUGUUCUGUUCAUCAAUUCAUAAUCAUUUCAUGCGGUAGAUAGAGAGAUUUCUUUAAAACUACUAUACCAAUAUUUAACAUUCUAGUCCAGGUUUUCAGAAUAUCUUCCUUGCUAUGUGAUCAUUGGAAAUCUAUGCAUGUUGUUAUCUUUGAGUGCUAUGUUUAUUUUUGAAGAGAUGCAGGUGUAAGUGUGCUGGUACAUUUGUACUGUGUCUGCAUGACCCCCUAUGACCCCUGCUUUGAGCAGCGCUACCUUCUGUAAAGUUGUGAACAACAUCGUAAACAAAUCACCUUCCUUCUUUUUCAGAGUUGAUCCGUUUUAAAGGUCAGUUUCUUGAUGUGACAGAGUUUUAUAUUGUACAAUUAUUUAUAAAUAUUUGCUUUGAUCACCGGACUAAUUAAUAUAAUCUGUGCUGGACUAAAUUUCUGAUUCAACAAAAUGCAGACCUGUUGUGUUUGUUCACUCUACAGGAAAUUACAAUUAUGUUUACCCUGUAAGAGCCAAAGUGUUAAAUAUAAUUGGAAAAGAGCAAUGUGCUGAAUAAUGACAUGACCUUGGAUGUUUUUUUUGCCCAGCUACUAAUCAUUCCUCUUCUCUGUUAUCUCUCUGAGAGCAUGAAUUCAUGUUCUCACUAAUACAGACUCUGCACAGUGGUGGAAAGGUGUUUCUCAGGCCUUCUACUGUUGGCAAUAGCACAGUAUGGGUAUUGUGUAAUAAGUAAUAAUGGCAUGACCUUGCACAUCUCUGAAAACAUAGCAGUCUGAAGAGGAUUACGCUUUCUGCUCUACGCUAUGCCUCCUAAUAGGAUUGUGCUUGAGCAAGUGAGGCACAGUGACGUUUCAAGAUUUAGUUGUGCAUUAGGACGGCAUCAGUCGUGACAUGAAGUGUAUCAGUAACAUUGUUUACUUCGUUCCUGUUUACAUGUAAAAACAUUGGAAUGUACAAAAAAAAUAGUAUCACAUUAAAUAAUUUGGAUAUCACUCUUUUCUGUAAUAAAUCUUGGAUUGUAUCUUUUAAAUCAAA